CUAUACGUAUAAAACUCAGAGCAAGUGGAUAUGGACUGUCUUCUGUGUGUGACAGAGUGUGUGUUAAAAGUUUGAGUAAUUAAUGAAAUUCCCUUAAAAUUUACGACUUUGAAUGAAUUCAGAGUUCUUUCUUCUUCAAUCUUCUCUGGGUUGGUAACAAAUUCUCACUUCUUUAGUGGGUUCUUUUAAUUUUCAUCAUCACUAGUUUUAUUAUAUUUUUUCUGCUUCAUUUCAAGUUGAGUAGAUUCGAUUCUGUUUACUAUUUUAGGAGUUUAUUCUCAUAGUUUAAUCCAUUUCUAGAAGCAAACUUUUAAUAAUUCUCAUAAUUUCCAUGGUCAUAUUGAGUUAAUUUCCAGAUAUUAAUGGGAUUUAGUAACAAUAAGUAUUUGCAGAGAAAGUUAUUCAAUCUUUUUUUAUUAUAUUGGGUGUUGUAUCCAUCUAGAUAGAUAAGAAUAAGAAAAAGGGUUCCCAAAGGAGAGUGAUUUUCAAGUUUAGGGUUCGUGGGAGAAGAGGGAAUGGUUACUAGAUCUUACUCAAAUCUAUUAGAACUUGCUUCAGGUGAGUCACCACCACCAUCAUUUGAUCAACUUAAUAGAAGAAUUCCUCGUGUUGUAGAUAUAAUGUCUAAUCUUGAUAAUGAUUAUCCAUCUGAUCUUAGUGCUGUUUCACCAUCAUCAGUAUCACUUAAAGAUAGAGUUAUUAUAGUAGCAAAUCAACUCCCAAUUAGGGUUCAUAGGAAAUUAGAUAAUAAAGGUUGGACUUUUGAUUGGGUUGAAGAUUCACUUCUACUUCAGUUAAAAGAUGGUUUAGGUGAAGAUGAUGUUGAAGUUAUUUAUGUUGGUUGUUUACAAGAAGAGAUUCAUUUGAAUGAACAAGAAGAGGUUUCGCAGAUUUUGCUUGAGACUUUUAAAUGUGUUCCUACAUUUUUACCACCCGAGCUUUUUAGUAGAUUCUAUCAUGGUUUCUGUAAACAGCAAUUGUGGCCAUUAUUUCAUUAUAUGUUGCCCUUGUCGCCUGAUCUUGGUGGUCGGUUUGAUCGUUCGUUGUGGCAAGCUUAUGUGUCUGUUAAUAAGAUCUUUGCUGAUAAGAUUUUAGAAGUUAUUAAUCCUGAAGAUGAUUUUGUUUGGGUACAUGAUUAUCAUUUAAUGGUCUUGCCGACUUUCUUAAGGAAGAGGUUUAAUAGAGUGAAGCUUGGGUUUUUUCUUCAUAGUCCGUUUCCUUCGUCAGAGAUUUAUAAGACUCUGCCUGUUAGGGAAGAACUGUUGAGGGCACUGUUGAAUUCCGACUUGAUUGGUUUCCACACAUUUGAUUAUGCUCGUCAUUUCCUGUCUUGUUGUAGUAGAAUGUUGGGGAUAUCGUAUGAGUCGAAACGCGGUUAUAUUGGUCUCGAGUAUUAUGGGAGAACUGUUAGCAUUAAAAUUCUCGCAGUCGGUAUUCAUAUGGGUCAAUUGAAAUCAGUUUUGAGCCUUAGUGAGACUGAAAAGAAAGUUGCAGAGCUUAAGAGCCAAUUCUGUGACCGUGGAAGGGUGAUGAUGCUUGGGGUGGAUGAUAUGGAUAUUUUUAAAGGUAUUAGCUUGAAGCUCUUGGCAAUGGAACAGUUCCUUAUACAGCAUCCAGAGUGGCGGGGAAAAGUGGUUUUGGUUCAGAUUGCAAAUCCAGCUAGAGGUCGCGGAAGAGAUGUUCAGGAAGUACAGGCUGAGACUUAUUCAACAGUUAAACGGAUUAAUGAAACAUUUGGGCAACCUGGUUAUGACCCCGUUAUUUUGAUCGACAAACCACUUCCGUUCUACGAAAAGAUUGCUUAUUAUGUGGUUGCUGAGUGUUGUUUGGUGACUGCUGUUAGGGAUGGAAUGAACCUAAUACCCUAUGAAUACAUCAUUAGUCGGCAAGGAAAUGAAAGAUUGGAUAAAGCGUUAGAAUUGGAUCCCUCCAACCGGAAGAAGAGUAUGUUGGUUGUUUCUGAAUUCAUUGGUUGCUCUCCGUCACUCAGUGGAGCUAUUCGAGUAAACCCAUGGAAUAUUGAUGCAGUUGCUGAAGCAAUGGAUUGUGCGAUAGAGAUGGCUGAAGCUGAAAAACAACUGCGGCACGAGAAGCAUUAUAGGUAUGUAAGCACCCAUGAUGUUGGCUACUGGGCACACAGCUUUCUACAGGAUUUAGAGAGGGCAUGUAAGGAUCAUGGGAGACGAAGGUGUUGGGGGAUUGGAUUCGGGUUGGGAUUUAGGGUUGUGGCUCUUGAUCAAAGCUUCAGGAAGCUCUCAAUAGAACAUAUUGUAUCCGCUUAUAGAAGGACCAAAAAGAGAGCCAUACUUUUAGAUUAUGAUGGCACUUUGAUGCCUCAAGCUUCGAUAGACAAGAGUCCUAGUUCAAAAUCAAUCGAAAUCUUAAACAAGUUGUGCAGAGAUGAGAACAAUAUGGUGUUUCUUGUCAGUGCUAGAAGUCGAACGACUCUUGAUGCAUGGUUUUGUCCUUGUGAGAAUUUGGGACUUGCUGCUGAGCACGGCUAUUUUAUGAGGUUGAACCGAAAUGCAGAAUGGGAGACGCAUGGGCCUGCUGCAGAUUGUUGUUGGAAGCAGAUAGCAGAACCUGUGAUGAAGUUAUACACAGAAACAACCGAUGGGUCCACUAUUGAAGAUAAGGAAACUUCACUCGUUUGGAGUUACGAGGAUUCCGAUCCUGAUUUUGGGUCAUGCCAAGCGAAGGAACUUCUGGAUCAUCUUGAGAGUGUGCUUGCAAAUGAGCCAGUUUCUGUGAAGAGUGGGAAGACCAUUGUCGAGGUCAAGCCUCAGGGGGUGAACAAGGGGCUCGUGGCCGAAAGGAUACUAUCAAUAAUGCAGGAGAGGGGAAUGUUACCAGAUUUUGUUUUGUGCAUAGGAGAUGACAGAUCCGAUGAAGACAUGUUUGAGGUCAUCAUGAAUUCCAUAGCAGGUCCAUCUCUCUCUCCCACAGCAGAAAUUUUCGCAUGCACUGUUGGUCGAAAGCCUAGCAGAGCUAAAUAUUAUCUAGACGACACAGUGGAGAUUGUUAGAUUGAUGCAGGGUCUAGCCUCAGCUUCUGAAGAGGCGGCACUUACUUCCUGAAGGUGAACCUGAAAUUACAGCCUUAUUGUGCUUUCUUUUUUCUGCCUGUGUUGUAAAACGUUGUAGUUUUAAUCUUUUUACUUUUAGCCAAGUGAACACCGUAGUAAUGGAAGUAGUUUUAGUUUCUCAUGUUAUUAGUUUUAGUUUCUCAUGUUAUCCAUCUUAGUGCAUGGGAGUCACCUGUAAAUACGUUAAUACAAAUCUUCCAUAAAUCUAAAGCUUGUUCGAAAAAUCUUUAAAAA